AUGAGGCCUGAGAACCAGAGCAGCAUGUCUGAGUUCCUCCUCCUGGGGCUCCCGAUCCAGCCAGAGCAGCGGGGUGUGGUCUUGGCCCUGUUCCUGGGCGUGUACCUGACCACGGUGCUGGGGAACCUGCUCAUCAUCCUGCUCAUCAGGCUGGACUGUCGCCUCCACACCCCCAUGUACUUCUUCCUCAGCCACUUGGCCUUCUCUGACGUCGCAUUUUCAUCUGUCACUGUCCCAAAGAUGCUGAGGAACAUGCAGAUUCAAUGCCAAUCAAUCACAUAUGCCGGGUGCGUUUCACAAGUGUACUUCUUUAUAUUCUUUGGUUGCCUUGACAGCUUUCUACUUGCAGUGAUGUCAUAUGACAGAUAUGUGGCCGUGUGUCACCCUCUCCACUACACCACCAUCAUGCGAGAUGAGCUUUGCAUCAUCCUAGUGGCUGGAUGCUGGUUUCUCUCUUGUGCCCACGCUUUGCUGCACACCCUCCUCGUGGACCAGCUAAUUCCAGACAUGGACAGAAGAAACCAGACCAGCACCUACGAAUUUCUUCUCAUGGGACUCUCUGAGCGGCCAGAGCAGCAGCCUCUCCUGUUCGGGCUCUUCUUGGCCAUGUACCUGGUGACUGUGCUGGGGAACCUGCUCAUCGUCCUGGCCAUCGGCUCUGAUGUGCACCUCCACACCCCCAUGUACCUCUUCCUGGCCAACCUGUCCUUUUCUGACAUUGGUUUCAUCUCUACCGUAAUUCCCAAGAUGCUGGAUAAUAUUGGCUCAGGAAGUAAACUGAUUUCUUAUGGUGGGUGCCUGACCCAACUCUACUUCUUUGGCUUAUUUGCAGAUCUAGACAACUUCCUCCUGGCUGCGAUGGCACUAGAUCGCUACGUGGCCAUCAGCCAACCCCUCCAUUACACCAUGACCAUGAACUACCAAUGCUGUGCUCUGCUGCUGGCUGGGUCAUGGGUGGUCACUACCAUCCAUGCCCUAGUGCACACCCUCCUAGUGACCAGGCUUUCUUUCUGUGGCCCCAAUGUCAUCCCCCAUUUCUUCUGUGAUCUGGUCCCACUCCUAAAGCUGGCCUGCUCCAGCACUUACAUCAAUGACCUGGUGCUUAUGCUUGUGGCAGGAACACUGUUAAUUGGACCCUUUGUCUGCAUCCUUACAUCUUAUUUUUACAUUGCAUUGGUGGUCCUGAGAAUUGAUUCCCCAGAGGGUAAGCAAAAGGCCUUCUCCAGCUGCACCUCCCACCUCUCCGUGGUCUCUCUCUUCUACAGCACAGCUAUUGGGGUCUAUUUAUGUCCUCCAUCAUCCCUCUCCGGUGGGAAGGACAGACUCUUCUCAGUCAUGUACACAGUGGUGACCCCCAUGCUGAACCCCUUCAUCUACAGCCUGAGAAACAGGGAUAUGAAGGGGGCCCUGAGGACACUACUCAGAAGAAAAACACUCUAA